CUGAUCACACAAUUAGAAGGAGGAACACGCGUUUGCACGUCCACUCGAAGUAAACCUGAAGCCAUUUAAAGAAAGACGCCAGGAAAAUCGACAAGAAGACAAAUUCGUGAAGGAACAACAAAGAAAUUAACUAUAAGUAAGCAAAUAUACCCGAAGCUUUUGAAAGAGGACAAAAAAGCGCUGUCAAGUAAUCUCCACUCGAGAUCGCUAUGUAUUCAUCUAUACAAACGUACGAUUCCAGUACGUCAAAGGCAGCUUACAAGAGCGUAAACGAAAUGGAUUCGUUUGGUAAACGCAAGUGCUGGCAAACAUCGCAACGUUUCUCGCCGUAUGGAGUGCCGCGUUACCCAACAACAUACUCUAGCCUCAAGGACAAUCAAGAUGUCUUAAAGACGUUUCAAGAUUCCUACGAGCGCCUUCGUACCGACGCCGACGAUAAAGUGCUCUCGCAGAAGUGUGGCAACGCGUUGUCGGGUGCAGAAAAACCUCCUCUCGGACGAGACCCUGCCGAUGCUAACGAGGACGCCAGCGACAGCAGAGACAAUAAUAGUUUAUCUUACAUUGGAAUGAUUGCGACAGCUAUAUUGAGAUCGGCUGAGACGAAGCUUACGCUUGCGGGGAUUUACACCUACAUGGAGAAACAUUUCUACGGCAUUUUGUCGAACAGGCCUGGCUGGAGAAACACGGUGCGUCAUAAUCUAUCUUUACACGAGUGUUUUGUGAAAGGCGAGAUUGCAGCCGAAGGAAAAGGACGAUUUUGGCGUAUUCAUCCCAACUACUUCGAACAGUUCAAAUGCGGUAAAUUCAACAAAAAUAUCCUCCAAAAUUCUGUUCCUAUAUUCUACCGGGCGUUUGGAAACUAUCGAAUCCCAACACCCAGAGAAGAUCUACCUCUGCCACCUUUUUACUCCGGGUCAACCUGGGCGCCCACCUUGUAUCCGUUCAUGUCUUCCUCUUACCCGUACCCCGCUCUCCCCUAUCCUCAAACUACACAAAGCCAGCAGCGCGUGCACGCAUUUCGCACGUGCUCCAGCGAUUGCUGCUCCAGUUGUCCGAGUGUUCGUCCACUCUCAGCCAUUCAUUGUUCGUCUUACAGACCCACGAUCAAUCCUCAAUCUUCACCAGGCAUCGCGAAUCCAUUACGUUGCUCCGUUAACAACAAUAAUAAUAAUAUUCAUUGAUGUAAAAUACUGAUUCUGUUCAUCUCAAAGAAAACUUCUAAACUCUGCUUCUUCAUUUGACAUGAACUGUGGCGGGAGUCUCUCUAUUCGAAAGUAAUUUAUUACGGAAGGGAAGUAUAUUAGGGUAAUAGCUUUAAACUGCCGUUACUAUGGCGCGUUAAUUGUACAUUUAAAAAAGUAAUUUAAUAUGUAUAAUAGCAUUAUGAUAUUACGUGUAUAUUAAAUUUAUUUAUAUAGUUGCAACCUAUAUAUGAGAACUAAUGAUAUGAAAUGUCAGAAUGUAUACCUGUAUUUCAUAGUUAGUUCUAAGUAAGACGCUUUCGGAUAUUCUGUUGGUAA